UAUUCUGGGAACUUUUCAGAAGUUAAUUACUAAAUGCUAUACCUUUUACCGAAUUAACUGUAUAAUUUGGAUUACUAAAUAUUAACGGAAAUGUGUUUUAAUGAUUACAAAUUCCUUUUUACGGGAUAUAUGUUAGUGAAUGCCUAUAACAGCAUAUAUUGUGUUGCUUGGUAACGAUCCUGAUACAAUGUUAAAUUUGAAUCUAAAAGUGCAUUAUUUCAAAAUUACUGUGCAGUAAAAGGUUGCUGGUUCUGAUGCUAUGAAACUGAUCUUCUAUAUUAAAGAUGAAUAAUUCGAGGAAAUUGGCAAUGUUGGAUAUGGUAAAUAGCACCGUUUCCAUAAUGACACAGGUGAUAGUUGAUAAUGCCAGCGAUUUGGCAAGGACUCGAUACAUCGUUCAAAAAUUAUUAGUGCCUUUUAUAGUGACGUUAGGGGUGACAGGUAAUAUAUUAAGUAUAAUAGUGCUUACACGCCGUUCGAUGAAAUCCUCAACAAAUUGUUAUCUUUCUGCCCUAUCAGCGUUCGAUUGUUUAUAUUUAAUAUUUAGUUUUACGCUGAGUUUCAAACAUUAUGAUUUUACAAAGGACCUGCCUAAUUAUUGGCAUUGGUUUCCAACAGGUCGGGUGCUAACCGACAUGGCCGCCAACGUAUCUGUGAUAUUAACAGUUACCUUUACGGUAGAGCGGUAUAUCGGGGUUGUCCAUCCCAUGAAAGGUAGACAACUCUGUACGCCUCAAAGAGCCAAGCAUAUAAUUUGUGGAGUAGCGGUGAUGGCUGUGAUAUGUACAUUACCAGAAUUUUGUGAAUUGGAAGUAGUAGAGGUUUUUGAAAAUAAUAAGACACGUCUAGCUCUACAAUAUACAGAGUUUGCUACAAGUUACAGUUAUCAAAUAGGAUUUUAUUGGUUUUUGGUUACGUUUUUCACCAUAAUACCUUUAAUUUCUUUGUGUUUUUUCAAUGGACUCCUAAUCUCGACUGUUGUGAAAGCCAACAAAAUACGACGACAAAUGACAACUGCUUCAAAUCGACAUUUAACGGAACGUCAUAAUCGUGAUCAACAUAAAAUUACCAAAAUGUUAAUAAUGGUUGUGUUAGUUUUUCUUGUGUGUCAAUUUCCGGGCGCCAUUUUAUUGAUGUAUAGAACUUACCUGGAACUAGCGGAAGUGGAAAUGACCAAACAUAGACGAAAUUCAAUUUUAAUUGCAGGAAACUUAACGAAUCUUCUACUUCAGAUAAAUGCCUCUAUAAAUUUUAUUCUAUAUUCGCUGAUUAGCACCAAAUUCAGACGUGUGUUUUGUCGAACAGUGUGUUACAGAAACAUUGCUCAAUUUGCUCAAAGUUUAAGAAAACCUAGCCGUACCGAAUUAUCGCCAUAUUCAAAAAGCAAGUCUCGUGACAGAGGCGAUACUUUUUAUCUUCAACGGUGGAAGAAUCCCAUGGUGAGGAAAUCGAACAGAGAGUGUAUAAAUUAUAGUAUAGGCACUGAUGGACUUCAUGCCAAUGGUCAUGCAAAACAUAUUAUUCUGUCCCCUUCUUUCUGUUCGGCUAUGUAUGCUCCUGAUUCAGACCCAUAAUAAAUAUCUACUAUUAUUUACGAUUUAGAUAUUAUACGUUUUGUGUUUUUUAACUAUUUUUUUUAUAUCGAAUUAAGCUUGGGCGUUUAUGUCGUGUGGGUUGCUUUGUGAUUUUCAGUUUGUAGUAUAUAUAUAUUAUUUAUUUCAAUAAUGCAUUUGCACGCAGUGAUGUUUAGACGUGGGAGGAAACCGGAGUAUCCGCAGAAACCCCGCAAUAUUAGGCAGGUAUCACGAUUUAUAUAUAAAUAAAGCGCGUUUAGUUCACUCAAGACCAGGAUUUGUUUCCCGUCUACCUCAUCUCUCAAAUAUAUCUUUAUCUUUAAUACCUAUCAACGGGUUUCGUCUUAAACAUGCAUUAUGUUCGAGCUAAAUCUGCCAAUAUUGCAGGUUUUCUUUAGGUCUGAAAUGUUAUCUAAAUUAUUAAUUAGACAUUAAUUAACUUAUCCAAACCAUAAUCAACUCUCGAUGCUAUCGUUAGCCUGCGAUAUCUAGUGGAUUUGAAUACAUUUUGUGAUGGAUAAUUUAACGUAAAACUGGAUAAUCGAGACUUAGUGUAUUAUCGCACCAAAGUUAGUAAUGACGUUCGAGGCUAGCCAAAAAUGAAUUGAAUCGCUAAUAUCUCGGUUCAGAGUGAAGCAAUUGAAGUGUAAUUUUCAGCAUAUUCUGUUUUCAUUAUCUAUUUCUUUUAACUAUAUAGCGAGAACUGUCAAGUCUUUAUUUAAUCUUUAAGGUGAAGAUGCUUACCUAAUGCUAAUGAUUUAGACGACUUUCGUGUAUUUCAGAAAUUAAGAAAUUAGUCUCUGGCUUCAGUCAAUUAUCUACAAUUGUCUCUAGUCGAUAACUACGUGAAUGCUUGUUUGGUUUUGUAUUCUUAAUUUACCUUUUUUUUCUCACAUAAAGGCGCUACAUUACCAAUAGAAAUAUUUAAAGCGAGCAAUUGUUGGUUUGUUAAACGGUUUGCUUAUGUCUGUGCUCGCCGCUCUUAUUGUGCUGAACAUUGUCAUUUUAAAUUUGUUUGAAUAUUUUAAUUUUUGAUUUAGCAAAUACUUGACGGCCAAUAAUUAUCCAGAAAAUUGUUUCCAACCUGCUUCUAAACAUCUGGAUAUAAGUAGGCUAGUCGCGCGCAUUGAACACCCAAUCAAGAUAUUUCUGAAAUAUAAUUACCCACAUUUGCAAACUCUUAUUAGAACUAUAGUUCCAUUCAAUCAAUCUUGGCUUUGUUCAUGUCAGUAACUUUUACCGUUUGAUGUUUGCCGUGAUUUGAUAUAUUUAUAUAGCUGACAAGGUGAAAUAAAGAUUAAAAACUAUAUAUUAUGUUAGAACAAUUGACAAAUGUAUUUUGUAUUUAUACCAUAGACAAUCGCUUGAUCUCAGUGAUCUGAAUCCCUUUAUAUCCUUU